AUGUCCCUGGUGGCCGGAGAUCCUGAAGGAGUUAGGGGUGAACAGGGCAGAGGGAACUUGGUGCCUGACUUCUCGACCCACGGUGCCUACCUUGAGGAGCUUCAGAACGAGUCACAGAACCACCAGAAGGUAACUACGCCGCCAAGAACAGUCACAGAGGAGGAACCGAAGGGUAACUACGCCGCCAAGAACGAGUCACAGAGGGAACCACACCAGAAGGGUAACUACGCCCAAGAACGAGUCACAGAGGGAACCACACCAGAAGGAACAGUACAGACGGAACCACAGAAGGGUAACUACGCCGCCAAGAGUGGUGGAGGAACCAAGAAGGGUAACUACGCCGCCAAGAACAGUCCAGGGGAACCACAGCAGAAGGGUAACUACGCCGGCAAGAACGAGUCACAGAGGGAACCACACCAGAAGAACGAGUCACAGAGGAACCACACCAGAAGGGGUAACUACGACGGCAGAACAGUCACAGAGGAACCACACCAGAAGGGUAACUACGCCGCCAGAACAGGUACAGAGGAACCACACCAGAAGGGUAACUACGCCGCCAGAACGAGUCACAAGGGAACCACCCAGAAGGGUAACUACGUCGCCAAGAACGAGUCACAGGGAACCACACCAGAAGGAGACCAAAGAGGAGAUAACAGAGACCAGAGAGGAGAUAACAGAGACCACAAAGGAGAGACCCAACUUCCGAGACCAGAAACCACAGACCCAAAACCAAAUACCACAGACCCAAGACCACAGACCCAAGACCAAAUACCAAAGACCUUGAAAGACCCAAAGAUCAAAUUGACAAUGACAAUAAAGAAAGACCUUCGUAAAAGACCAAAAUGGCGGAGGACCACUUGCAGGGAAUCAGUCACCCACCGUCACCCAGCAGCAAACCAGUCACUCACCGUCACCCAGCAACCAAAGUCACCCACUGUCACCCAACAGCAACCAAAGUCACCCACCGUCACCCAGCAGUCAAAACUGUCACCCAACGUCACCCAGCAGCAACCAAAGUCACCCACAACAAACCGGUCACCCAACGUCACCCAGCAGCAACCAAAGUCACCCACCGUCAUCAAGCAACAAACCAGUCACCCACCGUCACCCAGCAACAAACCAGUCACCCACCGUCACCCAGCAACAAACCAGUCACUCACCGUCACCCAGCAACAAACCAGUCACUCACCGUCACCCAGCAACCAAAAUGAAUCAUUGGUUCCAUAA